UUAAGUAAGGCUGGCAUUCUUGCAGUGAAAGCAGGCAUCGGGCUUUUGCUUCUAAGGGAAAGAGGAAAGCAAGUGCAGCCUUUGCACAAAUGCUGGUGGUGCCUCCCCUCCCCCCCGCCCCCCCACCCCCUGGAGGCCGGGAAUGGGGGGUAGUAGGAGGGGCUGGCUGUGACUGCAUUCAUGGAAAUGAGCCUGGAGGAGCGGAGCAGCACACACUCUGAGCGUCAGCUAGGGCUGCAGCUCUGCGCGUCCAUCUCUGCGGUCCACACCAGCCUUCCCCACUGGGCCCAGCGCGUUUGUACCUGCAGGGCCGGUACUCUCAGCUUUUGUUUUCUCUGGACACCUUCUUCUCUGGCCCUGCUGUGCUGGCGCACACAUGCUGUCCUUGCUCCAGCUCUCCCUGCACCUACAGCUGUGGGAGCUCCCGGCAGCCUGGGACUGUGGGAUCGCUGCACAGAGCCACCAUGGCCUCUGACGCGGAGAGCUGUGACCUGCCGAGGCUUUGAUGUUGCUGCCCAGGGCUUGCCAGGACACUGGGGCCGCAGGAGAGGGGACUCAUCGUGGUUCCCAGUGACCUGACCGCAGAGGAGCGUCAAGAACUGGAGAACAUCCGACGGAGAAAACAGGAGCUGCUGGCUGACAUUCAGAGGCUGAAGGAUGAGAUAGCAGAAGUAGCUAAUGAGAUUGAAACCCUGGGAUCCACAGAGGAAAGGAAAAACAUGCAGAGGAACAAACAGGUAGCCAUGGGCAGGAAAAAAUUUAAUAUGGACCCUAAAAAGGGGAUCCAGUUCUUAAUAGAGAACGACCUGCUGAAGAACACUUGUGAAGACAUUGCCCAGUUCUUAUAUAAAGGUGAAGGGCUCAACAAGACAGCCAUUGGUGACUACCUAGGGGAGAGAGAUGACUUUAAUAUCCAGGUUCUUCAUGCAUUUGUGGAGCUGCAUGAAUUCACUGAUCUUAAUCUCGUCCAGGCACUACGGCAGUUCCUGUGGAGCUUCCGGCUACCGGGAGAGGCCCAAAAGAUCGACCGGAUGAUGGAGGCAUUUGCCCAGCGAUACUGUCAGUGCAAUAAUGGCGUGUUCCAGUCCACGGACACUUGUUACGUCCUCUCCUUUGCCAUCAUCAUGUUGAACACCAGUCUCCACAACCCCAAUGUCAAAGAUAAGCCCACGGUGGAGAGGUUCAUUGCCAUGAAUCGAGGCAUCAAUGAUGGAGGAGACCUGCCAGAGGAGCUACUCCGGAAUCUCUAUGAGAGCAUAAAAAACGAACCCUUCAAAAUCCCAGAAGAUGACGGGAAUGACCUCACUCACACUUUCUUCAACCCAGACCGAGAAGGCUGGCUAUUGAAACUCGGUGGCAGGGUAAAGACUUGGAAGAGACGCUGGUUCAUCCUGACUGACAACUGCCUUUACUACUUUGAGUAUACGACGGAUAAGGAGCCCCGUGGAAUCAUCCCUUUAGAGAAUCUGAGUAUCCGGGAAGUGGAGGACUCCAAAAAACCAAACUGCUUUGAGCUUUAUAUCCCUGACAAUAAAGACCAAGUCAUCAAGGCCUGCAAGACUGAGGCUGACGGGCGGGUGGUGGAGGGGAACCACACUGUUUACCGAAUCUCAGCUCCGACGCCCGAGGAGAAGGAGGAGUGGAUGAAGUGCAUUAAAGCAGCCAUCAGCAGGGACCCUUUCUAUGAAAUGCUCGCGGCACGGAAAAAGAAGGUCUCCUCCACGAAGCGACACUGAGCGUGCAGCCGAGGGCGUCGGUCUGCGGGGCUUCAGAGCUCCCGCCCUUCUCCCGCGCCUCCACGGAUGUGCUGCUGCCUAGCAGAGAGUCCUCUGCCAGGCCCCGCCCUGGAUUCCUAGAGACUAGCUUCAGCUUUUGCUAUUUUUUUUUAAGUGGGAGAAGGGUGGGCAGUUAUCACUGGGGAAGAGGGGACCGGCCGUCUAUCCAGCAUGGGCUCCUGAGCCUUUCUCUCUCACAGGGCAGAGCUCCUGUUGGCAGGGCAGCCUCCUGGCCAGUUUCUCUGCCCAGUGUUCUGGUAGCAGAGCUUGGCACCAACUGUUUACCUCCUGGUUGUCCCGGUGAAGAAGCCUUCAACCCCUGCACCAUAAAUACAUGUAUCCAUAUAUUAUUAUAUGUUAAGAAAAAAGGUGGAAAGGAAGAGAAGCCACAUACUAUAAAGAUCUAUUUUUUUUUAAGAGAGAACAUAGUGCUGCUCAGGUGCAUUCUGCCCUGACUGCUCUGGGAGCUUCUCCCUGGAGAAGAGCACCCGGGGCUGCAGCUGAGGGGCAUCAGCCUGGGCCCGCGGCAGGGCCUGGCCCACCUCUCCUGUGCUGUGGGAGCUGGCUGCCUAGUGCUUGUCUGGGCGAGAGAGACAGGUGAGGUCGAGGACACAGAGGGCAGAGGUGCAGUGGGCCUCGGACAGCACAGUCAGACUCGGGGCCUACUCUGGCCGGGGGCACAGCCAGCAGCAGCAUGCAGUCCAGCAGCUCCCGCAGAUGUUUCUCCAUCCCAAGUGCCUGCGGAGCGCCGAGGAGAGAGGAGAGAACUGACUGGAUGCUUACGUUACUUUCCUCCUUCAGAAUCCAGGUUCUUGUGGGGCUUUAACGUAGAAAGUCAGCAUUUUCCUUGAGCUAAAUACCUAAUAACCAAAACUGUGAGGAAGGUUAUCGGGGCAGAGCUUCCGGAUAACCUAACUGUUUCAUAUUUGGUUUUUCUUCCUUUUCCCCAGAACUCCAGUCCUCGUUCUAGAGGAAGGAGUAGGACUUACCCAAUCCCCUUAGGGCUUCAGCUUUUUCUGCCUCAAAACCAGCCCUAACUGGACUACUCUGGAUGCGUUUUGUGGUGGGCCCCCUAGAGGGGAGGAUGGGCCUUUAUCUGCUCCGUGGAGUGCACUGGAGUGAGGUGGGGUGGCCAGGCAGCCUCUCGCAUCUCUCUUCUCCCUGCAGGCACCGUGUGAGCUGGCCCUGCCCUCAUUCCAGGUGAAGGGAGCCAUGAAACGCAGCAUUUUCCUGCCUUUCUCUCAGGGACUCUCAAGGGCAGCUCCUGCCCCUCUGCCAGGGCCAGCAUGCCAGUCCAGGCCGAGCAGGUGGCUGGCCGUCUGGCCGUCUUGGCCCGCCCCUCCACAGGGCUCUGGCACAGGGCAGUGCAGGGCGCGGCCCCGAGGAGGCAGGUGGAGGAGCUGCGGGUUUCCACAGGGCCGCAUCGCCACGGCUCUUCUGAUCCUUUAGGGUUGGCGAGCAUCUCUGGAAAUAGCUUUUGCAGAGGCGUGGUGGGAGGAAUGGAAGGGGACAGUCUCUCACCCCUACGCCGCCCGAUUUGUGUAGAUUCUACCUGGAGUGGCUUCACGCACUUUUGUGCCAGAGCUUGUGAGGGUGACAGAAGAGGGUCCAGGCUGGAAACCUGAACUUUCUGGGUGGGAGGACCAGGCGGUGCCUGCCAAGGUCUGGGCAUGUCUGGGCCGGCACUGGAGCCUGUUCAGCUGGCCCAGGCCCUGACCUGGUUCUCACAAAUGUUUCCUAGUCAGAGAGGCACCUGGGUCAGUAUUAGUCUAUUUAUCAGAGGUGUAAAUAAUCUAUGUAUAGUUUUUCUCCUUUUAGAUUAUUUUGUAUUUGUUUAAAAGAAGUUUUGUCAAAAUACAAAAAUAUAAAGAAAUGACUGAAAGUUGUUGACAGGGUUUUUAAAAAAAUUAUAAUUAUUCUAAUUGUUUUUGUUUGUUUGUUUUUGCCUUGUAAACUAGCGCCAAGGAACUGCAGCAAAUAAACUACAAAUUUGCUCAAGCCA